AUGGAUCCCCAAUUGGAGAUGGCGAAAUUUGCUUCGAAGACUAGGGAUGAGGAGGAAGCUGCCAGAGUGGAAGAGGAAGACGACGGCAGCGAUAGUGAUAGCGACUACGUGGUGGAGAACCAUCUAAGGUUUAAACGCGUGCCGGAAAAGGAACCGCAGUGGGAUGUCGACAGCUACGAUGGUCGCGAUUACGAAUCAGAUCCAGAAUAUCAUAACUUUUACCCAGACGAGGACGACUAUAAAGAAUUCCGUCGACUCAGGAUCGAGACUUUGGCGUGUAAGGGUUUUUCCCCAGAUUAUCUACUCGGAAUCUACCCUUUUGGCUGUCUAGAUUAUCCACUGGGUAAUAACAGGACUAAUAGGGAUUUGUUGACAGAACUGGCUUCCUUGUGUGUUAAGAAAUUAAAUGAGGACAAGGGAAAAGCUGUGGAACUGGAUAGUAUAGUGAGUGCUACUGUAAGUGGAGGAGCAAGAUGGAAGAUUUAUAUAACGUUUAUGGCUCGGGAAUAUCAGAAUGGUCCUCUUGUUGAGUAUCAAGCCAAAGUCAUGAGAUAUUUUCCAGCGGUGAACUUUUUGGAGUCUAUUGUUGGAGCACGAUCUUCCUUUGCUUGGAGAAGUAUUCAGUGGGGCAGGGAGCUGCUAGUUAAGGGAUUAAGGAAGAGAGUUGGCAAUGGAAACACGAUUAAGAAAUGGGAUGUGGCAAAGUUGAGAGAAGUGUUCUUUGAGGAAGAUGUGCAGAGAGUGAUGGAAUUCCAACCAGUAACAAAUGUUGAGGAUUUCUGGUGUUGGAUGCAUAAUCAGAGUGGAGAUUACUCUGUCAAGUCAGGAUUCUGGUUAGCGACGUCGAUAAACAAAGCUGAAAGCAUCAGAGAAGCUUCGUUGCUUCCGUCUCUGAAUGCUCUAAAAGCAGCCGUGUGGAUCAUUCCCACAACUCAAAAAAUCAGAAAUUUCCUUUGGAGGGCUUUGAGUGGUGCAGUAGCGGUUGGUGAUAAACUCAGGGAGAGAGAAAUGGGGUUCAGUGAAUCGAUCUAUACAAACAUAAACUUUCUCUUGGAACAGAGGAAGAAUGACCUGAUUCCACAACUCUUGAGAAGAAGAUUCCCGUGGGUCAUCUGGUUUUUGUGGAAGAAGAGAAAUAAUCUAGCGUUUGAGAGCAAAAAUUUCAAUGCGAUGAUAACAAUGGAGAAGAUAAUUGAAGAGGUGGAUCAAUGGUUUGUGGCUCAAGAGAUCGACAAAGUCCUUGAGGAUAUGGCGCCUGUGGUCAGCACAACUCAGGUGAAACGGUGGAGACCACCGCCUGAACCAUGGCUUAAAUGUAACGUUGGAGUGUAUACGGAGAAAGGUUCUAGAACAGGAGGAGUGGCUUGGGUCCUUAGAGACUGGAAGGGUGUCGUGUGCCUUCAUAGCAGAAGAGCUUUUGCUUCUGUAGGCAACAAGUUAGAGUGUGGUUUUGUAGGAGCUUUGUGGGCGCUCGAAAGUUUACGCAGCCAUGGGGUGAAAAGAGUGGUUUUAGCGUUAGAAGACUCGGUGGUGUUGGGAGUGAUGGAUAGACCCAAAGCUUGGCCUUCUUUCAAGCUGCAAGUAGGACUUUUCUCAACAGUCAUUCCAUGGUUUGAUGAUCUGAAGUAUGAGUUGGAACCAAGGUGUGCUAACAGAGGAGCUUAUCUCAUCGCUCAAAGUGUCGUUAGAGGAGAGCGAGGUCAUUCUUAUGUUGCUUCGGGUCAUCCGCGUUGGUUGAAUGGUAUCUUUGACAAUGAGAGAGUUCCCUCCUCUGUUUAA